UGCGGGCAGCGCGGCCGCCCUCCGGUACAGAGCUGCUUCGGCUGGCUUAGCUGCAUUUGGGUGCAUCGUGAUAGAAAUUCAUCAUUCAAAUGCAGUCGUAGGACCGGCACAGGUACAUUUGGGCGUGUUCACCUGGUGAAGGAAAAAAUGGGAAAACAUUACUUUGCACUGAAAGUAAUGAGCAUUCCAGAUGUCAUUCGACUGAAGCAAGAGCAGCACGUGCACAAUGAAAAGUCAGUUUUGAAAGAGGUCAAUCACCCAUUUUUGAUCAGAUUAUUCUGGACCUACCACGAUGAACGUUUUUUAUACAUGUUAAUGGAAUAUGUACCAGGAGGAGAACUUUUUAGUUACCUGCGCAACAUGGGGCGUUUCAACAACAGCACAGGACUGUUUUACUCUACAGAAAUUAUUUGUGCAAUAGAAUACCUGCACUCCAAAGAAAUAGUUUACAGAGACUUAAAACCUGAAAAUAUAUUGCUAGACAAAGAAGGACAUAUCAAGCUUACUGAUUUUGGAUUUGCUAAAAAAUUGGUGGAUAGAACAUGGACACUUUGUGGCACUCCUGAAUACCUUGCACCAGAAGUCAUACAAAGUAAAGGACAUGGGAGAGCUGUGGAUUGGUGGGCCCUGGGAAUUCUUAUAUUUGAGAUGUUGUCAGGGUUUCCUCCAUUUUUUGAUGACAAUCCAUUUGGUAUAUACCAGAAGAUUCUUGCUGGCAAAAUAGAUUUCCCACGGCAUUUGGAUUUAUAUGUAAAAGACCUUAUUAAGAAGCUACUUGUGGUUGACAGGACAAGACGAUUAGGAAAUAUGAAGGUCAGUAUAAAAUGCUAGAUGUAAUGCACAAGGUGAAAGAAUUUUACAGAAAAGACUUAAGAAUAGUUUUUAGUUUUAUGAGUUUGAGUUACAUGUUUCCAAAUGUGACUUCUGUUGUCCAGUUCUAAAUGAAAAGUUCAACUCUGUAUUUCUGGAAGUUUUACUCAUAUUGUUAUCCAACUCUUCUCAAAAGUAAAAAAAA